AUGACUGACACUGGAGAGGGCGACGACGAAUUCCAGUUCCUACGAACGGGAGAUGAGGUGGUUUUGAAAAGUACCUUCACCUCCCAGGAGGAACAUGUGAAGCUCUGUCUUGCUGCAGAGGGAUUCGGCAGCAGACUUUGCAGGCUUGAGUCCACCUCUAACUGCAAGAAUGUUCCACCAGAUUUGUCUGUAUGUGGCUUCGUGCUGGCCCAGUGUCUCUCUGUCCGAGCUCUGCAGGAGAUGCUGGCUCACAGUAAGCACCUGGCUGCAGAGGUGAGAGUCUCUUCCCCUCUUUUCUCUUCUAAGGUGGGAGCAGGAGGAAGCCAUCGCACGCUUCUUUAUGGCCAGGCAGUGUUGUUCCUACACUCAUACAGUGGCAUGUAUCUUAGCUGCUUGUCUUCAUCUCAGUCUUCAACUGACAAGUUGGCUUUUGAUGUUGGUCUGCAAGAGGAUAAAGCAGGUGAGGCAUGUUGGUGGACUGUCCACCCAGCAUCUAGACAGAGGUCAGAGGGUGAGAAAGUGCGUGUUGGAGAUGACCUCAUACUGGUCAAUAUAUCCUCAGAGAGAUAUCUGCACCUGUCCUUUGGCACUGUAUUUGACAACAGAAGCUUAAGUGAUAGUCUGAUUGUUAAUGCAGCUUUCCAGCAGACUCUCUGGAGUGUUUCUCCUAUCUGCUCUGGAGGUGGAGUUGCUCAAGGAUACCUGAAGGGGGGCGACACGUUGCGGCUACUCCACAGCCAUAGUGAUGCAUGUCUGACAAUUCCCUCCACACAGCAGGGAGAGGAGCUGCAAAGGAUAAUGCAUUAUGAGAUUGGCUCGGUCUCCAGCUACGCCCGCUCUCUCUGGAGGUUGGAGAUUCUGCAUGUUGUUUGGAGUGGUAGACAUACAUGCUGGGGGCAGCCGUUCAGACUGUGCCAUGUGACCACUGGGAGGUACCUGGGUCUUACAGAAGAGAAAGGCCUACAUCUGGUUGAUCGGGACAAGGCUGACAUCAACUCAACCUCCUUCUGUUUCCGAUCCUCGAAGGAGAAGCUUGACACAGGCAUAAAGACUAUUGUCGAUGGCAUGGGCAUCCCAGAGAUCAAGUAUGGAGAUUCCAUUUGCUAUGUCCAGCAUGUAGACUCUGGGCUCUGGCUCACCUACCAAGCCACCGAUGCCAAGUCUUCUCGCAUGGGAACAACCCAGAGAAAGGCCAUUUUGCAUACUGAGGGUCAUAUGGACGAUGGGCUGACGCUGUCUCGCUCACAAAGGGAAGAAUCUCAAACUGCCAGACUCAUCCGGAGUGCUGUUCUCUUUCUCACUGGGUUUAUCAGGAAACUGGAUGGUUUUAGUCAACAAGGAACCCUACCCUCUGUCAGCCUGCCGACAGAGAAAGUGACGUGCAGUCUGCAGGAUCUGAUAAAGUAUUUCCAGCCUCCACUAGAGGGGCUAGGCCAUGAAGCUAAACAGAACAGCAUGACAGCUGUAAAGAAUCGGCAGAACAUGUUUCAAGAAGAGGGUGUAAUAGAUUUGGUCCUAGAUUGUGUUGACCGUCUACACCAGUAUAGUAGUGCUUCUCGUUUUGCUGAAGCUGCGCACAAUGAGAUGGGAGAAGAGUGGGAGACAACCCUCAAUCGUUUCUACGAGCUACUGGCUGCUCUGAUCCGGGGAAACCGUGUAAACUGUGCACAUUUCUCAGGAUCUCUGGACUGGCUGAUUAGCAGGCUAGACCGGCUGGAGGCAUCCUCUGGAGUCUUGGAGGUUCUUCACUGUAUCCUACUGGAAAGUCCUGAGGCACUCAAUGUCAUCAAAGAAGGACACAUUCAUUCCCUCAUCUCCUUUCUAGACAAGCAUGGAUGCAACAACAAGGUGCUGGAGGUGCUGUGCUCCCUAUGUGUGUGCAACGGUGUGGCAGUGCGGUCCAAUCAGAACCACAUCUGUGACAACCUGCUGCCAGACAGAGACUUGCUGCUCCAAACACGGCUGGUUAAUCAGGUCACCAGCAUGAGACCAAACAUCUUCCUGGCAAUGGGGGAAGAUUCAGCCCAGCAUCGGAGGUGGUACUAUGAGCUUGUUGUGGAUCAUGUCGACCCCUUCCUCACAUCUGAGCCCACCCACCUGCGUGUUGGCUGGGCUCGCACUGAGGGCUACCAUCCCAGGCUGACAGGAGGAGAAGGCUGGGGGGGCAACGGGGUGGGAGACGACAUCUGCUCAUAUGGCUUUGAUGGGCUUCACCUCUGGUCAGGCUGCAUGGGCCGCAGAGUCAGCUCCCCCUUCCCUCACCUGCUGAAAAAUGACGAUGUGGUUAGCUGCUGUAUUGACCUCAGUGCGCCAUGCAUCUCUUUCCGGGUCAACGGUCUACCUGUGCAGGGCAUGUUGGAGAACUUCAGUGCUGAUGGACUUCUUUAUCCUGUGGUCAGCUUCUCUGCUGGAGUCAGGGUUCGUUUUCUGUUUGGGGGAAGACACGGAGAGUUUCGCUUCUUACCGCCGCCAGGUUUUGCUCCAUGCUCUGAGGCGCUGCUCCCACGAGUCGAGCUAAAGGUAGAGCCAUGUCAGAAAUAUAUCUUGGAUCACGGAGAAGGGAAACAAGACCUCAUCGGCCCCUUAGUACCUGCCACUCCGGUUAUCUUCACUCCCAUGCCAGUAGACAUCAGCAAGGUGGUGUUGCCAACACAACUUGAGGACAUCAGAGAGAAAAUGGCUGAGAAUAUCCAUGAACUCUGGGCAAUGGACAAGAUUGAUCUCGGAUGGACACAUGGACCUGUGAGAGAUGAAAGUAAGAGGCAUGACCCCUGUCUGGUGGAGUUCUCCAAGCUGCCAGAGCAGGAGAGGAACCAGAACCUUCACGUGGCUCAGGAUACUUUGAGGACUCUGCUUGCUCUCGGUUUCCACAUUGGUUUGACUGAUGACCGUGCUGCGGAGAGAGUCAAAUACAUGAGCCUAGUCACAAAGUAUAAGCAGCCCAGUGGCUAUAGACCUGCCCCAGUGGACUUGAGCCAGGUUUUUCUGAGCCCAGCCCAUGAGGAAGUGGUUAACUUGCUGGCAGAAAAUGAUCACAGUGUAUGGGCCAGAGAGAGAAUCAAGCAGGGAUGGACCUAUGCAGCCCAGCAGGACGUGAAAGCGAAGCGGAGCCCAUACCUCGUGCCAUGCAGCCUCCUUGAUGAAAGGAGUAGGAGAGCGGGCAGGGAGAGUGUCAGAGACGCUGUCUGUACCCUGCUCGCCUACGGUUACAGCCUGGAGCCCCUGAACCAGGAGCGGACCGCAUUAUCAUACCCAUGUCUCUUCUCUGCUGAGAAAUGCAGAGUGUUCAGACCAGAUAAAUCAUAUGCUGUGACCUGGGGGAAGUGGUAUUUUGAAUUUGAAAUACUGACAGCAGGGAAUAUGAGAGUGGGCUGGGCUCGACCAGGCUGUACCCUCGAUAAAGAGCUCGGCUCAGAUGACCAGGCUUAUGUCUUUGAUGGAUUUGAGGCUCAGUGGUACCAUCAGGGCGGUGAACCCCUGGGACGUCCGUGGCAGAGAGGUGAUGUGGUGGGUUGCUUGGUGGACAUGGCUGAACGCACCAUGGUGGUCACGCUCAAUGGAGAGGUGCUGUUUAAUGACAGAGGAUCAGAGCUGGCUGCCAAGGACUUUGAUACCAGAGACGGCCUGUUGCCUGUGGUCAGUGUUGGGGUGAACCAGGUGGGGAGGCUGAACCUGGGUCGCCAUGUGGGCUCCCUGCAGUACUUUACUGUGUGUGGCCUGCAGGAGGGUUAUGAGCCAUUUGCUGUCAACAUGGCCAGAGAUCCAGCCCUGUGGAUGAGUUGGAAACAGCCUCAGUUUACCUCCAUACCACCCAAUGAUCACAAUUUACAAGUCACUAAAACCAGUGGCUCCGCGGAUUCCUUAUCCAGCCUGAGGGUCUCUCAGCGGUUGUUUGCACACCACGGUGGAGGCAGUGAAAUGGGAUUUUAUCGGCUCAGCAUGUCUGUUGAAUGUGCUGCUGUUCUCACUAGCCCUGCAGGGGGCGUGCUUCCAGUGGCCUCCAACACACUCUCUCCAGGAAGGAAAGAACAGGAGGAGGUGGACUCUGACUUUGAAGUGCUGAUGAAGUCAGCCCACAGCUUUGCUGGCUCAAGAGAUGAGCUCAACUAUAAGGAUCAUAGCCAGGACAAAACAUCAAGACUGAAACAACGGUUCAUGCUGAAGAGGACUAAGCCAGGCCUAGUCAGCAGUAACUCGUCCGCACGGCUUCUCGAAGAUGUCGUAGUUGACAAAGAUAACUACGAUCACCUCAUCCAGAGCUCUAGAUAUUACUACUCAGUGAGGGUUCUUCCAGGCCAGGAGCCGUUUAAUGUGUGGGUAGGCUGGGUGACCUCUGACUAUCAUCACUAUGACAUGACUUUUGACCCUGACUAUGUCCACACCGUGACUGUCACCCUCGGAGAUGACAGUGGCAAAGUCCAAGAAAGUGUGAAGCGGUGUAACUGUUACAUGGUGUGUGCUGGAGAAGCAACAGGUCUGUCUCAGAGUCGUAGAAGUGCAGGGUUGGAAAUUGGCUGUUUGAUUGACACAGCCACUGGGCUCCUCACCUUUACCUCCAGUGGCGUGGAGAUGGCCACCUUCUACCAAGUGGAAGCCAGUACAAAGCUGUUUCCUGCUGUUUUUGUGAAGCCCACCACCAGCAACAUGUUUCAGUUUGAACUGGGACGCGUUAAGAAUGUGAUGCCACUGUCAGCAGGCUUGCUUCGCAGCCAAAGAAGAAAUGCCACUCCUCAAUGUCCUCCAAGGUUUCAGAUCCAGCAUCUCAGCCCGGUUUCCUGGACCAAAGUGCCAGCCCAUCCAUUAAAGGUGUUGGUGGAUCGGCCAGACGAGCGCAAUGGCUGGAGAGUCCAAUGCUCUGAGCCCCUGCAAGUCAUGAGCCUUCAGAUCCCUGAUGAAAACAGGUGUGUUGACAUUUUGGAGCUGUCCGAACUUGAUGACCUCUUGACCUUUCACCGCCACACCCUCCUCCUCUACUGCUCUUUAUGCACCCUUGGAAACACCAGAGUUUGCCAUGCCCUCUGCAGUCACGUGGACCAGUCCCAGGUCCUUCAUGCUAUUCAGAAUCCCCACCUACCCGGCCCACUCCGCUCUGCAUUUUACCAGCUACUUAUUCAGGUUCACCUCAGCAGCUACACCACAGCAUGUCUCAUGAUGAACCAUGAAUACAUCGUGCCCAUGACAGACCAGACCAGAGAAAUCACCCUUUGUCCCAGGCCUGUUAAAGGUGUUAAUGGGGGGAGUGGUCAACCUCCAGAAGGCAUUCCCAGCACUAGUCUUAGCACAUCCCUGAAACCACAGAUGCACUUCUCAUCUCCUUGUUUUGUCAGGAGUGAUGGGAUAGAGGGAGAUGGUGCAGUUGAAAUAGCCUGCACAGACAGCCCAGAAAUCCCUCUGGACAUAUUGAAGAAUCUGACAGUGGAAAUGCUGACUGCAGGGGCAUGGGCUGUGGGUCAGAAUGUAAGGGAUCCUGUAGGAGGCAGCGUUGAGCUUCUGCUGGUUCCCCUAAUUAGACUGUUCUAUACCCUGCUGGUAAUGAGGGUGUUUGGGGAUGAGGAUCUGGGCAAAGUUCUGACACUGAUAGAGCCGGGAGUCUUCUCCAUAGAUGGUGAAACUCCUGAGGAGGAAGAGGAAGAAGAGAUGAGUGGUGAUGAUGAAAAGGAGUGGAAAGUGGGCGCCAAAAAGGAACAGGACUCUCCUAAACAAGGACUUCUUCAAAUGAAGCUUCCAGAGGCUGUCAAACUUGAGCUCUGCCAUCUGCUGUCCUACCUGUGUGACAGCCAGGUGCGCCACAGGGUAGAAGCUGUGGUCGCCUUCUCCGACAACUUCGCAGGUCAGCUGCAGGAGAACCAACGCUUUCGCUACAACCAGGUCAUGCAGGCACUCAACAUGUCUGCCGCUCUCACUGCCCGCAAGACCAAGGAGUUCCGCUCACCUCCACAGGAGCAGAUCAACAUACUGCUGAGCUUCAGAGAGGAUGAGCAGCAGGAGAACUGUCCAUGUCCAGAGGAAAUCCAACAGCUCCUGCAAGACUUCCAUAACCUCCUUAACACACACUGUGGCAUUGAAUUGGACAGUGAAUCAGAAGAUGAAGAGGAUGCUGAGAUGUCUGUAAAAGAUCGACUUCUCAGUCUAGUGGCGAGAGUCUCUGGGUUGAAGAAGACACCCAUAGAAUCAGAGGAGUGUAGACCGCAGAGCGCUAAGUCCCUCAAAAAGCUGAUCUCUGAGAUGAUGGUGCGCUGGGCCCAGGAGAGUGAGAUAGAGGACCCUGAACUGGUUAGAGCCGUCUUCUCACUGCUGCACCGCCAGUAUCAGGGCCUUGGGGGCCAAAUGGCAGGACCACUCUGCAAAGCCUAUACGAUCAGCCAAGCAUCAGUGGAGGACACCAUGACUCUCCUGUCCUCCCUGGGUCAAAUCCGCUCUCUCCUCAGUGUCCGCAUGGGGAAAGAGGAAGAGAGGCUGAUGAUCAGAAGAUUAGGAGACAUCAUGAAUAAUAAAGUUUUCUACCAACACCCCAACCUCAUGAGGACACUGGGGAUGCAUGAGACUGUGAUGGAGGUGAUGGUCAAUGUUCUUGGAGAAGGGGAAUCAAAGGAGAUUACCUUUCCCAAGAUGGUUGCCAGCUGCUGUCGAUUCCUGUGUUAUUUUUGCCGGAUCAGCCGUCACAAUCAGGGAGCACUAUUUGACCAUCUGAGCUACCUGCUGGAAAACAGCAGUGUUGGACUUGCUUCACCGUCCAUGCGAGGAGCCACUCCUCUAGAUGUGGCAGCAGCCUCUGUAAUGGAUAAUAAUGAACUGGCCUUAGCACUGAAGGAACCCGACCUAGAGAAGGUGGUGCAGUACCUCGCGGGAUGUGGUCUCCAGAGCUGUCCAAUGCUAGUGGCAAAAGGCUAUCCUGAUGUUGGAUGGAACCCUGUAGAGGGAGAACGUUACCUGGAUUUUCUACGUUUUGCUGUUUUCUGCAACGGUGAGAGUGUAGAGGAAAACGCUUAUGUGGUAUUGAAGUUGCUGAUUCGUCGGCCUGAGUGUUUUGGGCCUGCCCUGCGGGGUGAUGGGGGAAAUGGUCUGCUUGCAGCGAUGGAGGAAGCCAUCAGGAUCUCUGAGGACCCUUCUAUAGACGGACCUUGCACCACGUACCAGUCCAACAGAACACUAGAUGUUGCCCAGGACCAUGAUGAUGACCUCAUUCACAUGGGACACGCCAUCAUGACCUUCUAUUCAGCCCUUAUUGACUUGCUGGGGCGCUGCGCUCCAGAGAUGCAUUUAAUUCAAGGAGGUAAAGGAGAAGCCAUUCGCAUCCGGGCCAUUCUGAGGUCGCUCAUCCCCAUUCCGGACCUUGAGGGAGUCAUCAGCAUCUCCUUUCAAAUCCCUUCAGUGUCUAAAGAUGGUCUGGUGGUUGAGCCUGACCUGUCUACAGUGUUCUGCCCCGACCACAAGGCCGCUAUGGUUCUGUUCCUGGACCGGGUUUAUGGCAUCGAGAACCAGAGUUUUUUUCUCCACCUCCUAGAAGUUGGUUUUCUGCCUGACCUUCAGGCAGCUGUCUCUCUUGACACUGCUGAUUUAGGAUCCACUGAUAUGGCUCUGGCCCUCAACAGAUACUUGUGUACAGCUGUGCUUCCCCUGCUCACCAAAUGUUCAGCCCUCUUCUGUGGAUUAGAGGACCACACCUUGCUGGUCGACUCUCUCAUACAGGCGGUCUACAGCCUCUCCAGGGCUCUUAGCUUGACUAAAGCUCAGAGAGACACCAUAGAAGAUUGCUUGUUGGCCGUGUGCAGUAAACUCCAACCAUCUAUGAUGCAGCCUCUUCUGCGUCGUCUUGUCUUAGAUGUCCCCCAACUCACAGACCACAGCAAGAUGCCACUAAAGCUGUUGACCAGUCACUAUGAGCAGAGGUGGAAGUACUACUUGCUAACUUGUGGGCAGAUGGACCAGGGUUUGGCCUCUGAAGAAGAGCUCCACCUGUCUAGAAAAUUGUUCUGGGGAGUGUUUAAGGCCUUGGCAAAGAAGCCCUAUGAGCCUCAGCUAUUUAGGCUGUGUGUUCAGUGCCUGGCUGCAGUGGCCAAGGCCCUGCCUCCUGACCACAUGGACUCAAGCUGUGUGUCUCAGAUGGAGAAAAAAACCUCCAUGGACACAGAUGGACACUUUGACCCCCAGCCUGUAGAUGCCUCCAGCAUGUCAGUGCCAGAGAGACUGGAGUUUGUAGUGAACAAGUAUGCAGAGCAUACUCAUGACAGGUGGUCACUGGACAAGUUUGCCAAUGGCUGGGUUCAUGGGGAGCAGCUAUGUGAGAACACCAAGGUCCACCCUCUCCUCAAGCCAUACAGGACUCUGGCUGAGAAGGAGAAGGAGGCGUACCGCUGGGCCAUUAAAGAGACAAUAAAGACUAUGUUGGCCUUUGGCUGGACCAUAGAGAGGACUAAAGAAGGAGAUGCAUUUGGCAAGCAUACCUGUACACGCAGAGUCUCUCAGUCUGGGUCUGGACAGUUGUCUUUUGAGGGUGCAUCAACCUUCAGCCCCAAGCCAAUGGACAUGAGCAGCAUCACCUUAACAUGGGAGCAAUGUGCUAUGGCUGAACAAUUAGCUGAAAACUAUCACAAUACCUGGGCUAAAAGGAAGAAAUCAGAACUUGAGAGUAAAGGAGGAGGUGGCCAUUCAAUGCUUGUACCCUAUGAUACCCUUACUGCCAAAGAGAAGACCAAAUUCCGAGAAAGAGCCCAGGAUGUCCUUAAGUUCCUUCAGCUCAAUGGCUACACUGUGUGGAGGGAUCGGAAGACAGUGGAGAUGGACUUUCCAGCCACAGACAGCUGCUUUAGCUACACUCUCCUUCAGCGGCUCCUGUCUCACACUGAGGAGGCCCAAGAGCACAUGUUGGAGCUGGACGUGAUGCAAGCCAGAGGACAGAUAUCUAAAGGAGAGAGAAUUCCACAGCAGCAACCAAUAAUUUUUUUUCCCAAGGUCAUCCUUCCUCUUUUGGAACAAUAUGUGAAAAGCCACCAUCUGUACUUCCUGUCCACUUCUCUCUGCUCAAGUGGGAACAGGACUCAUGCCUCAAAAAAAGAAAAGGAGAUGAUUGCAUGCCUCUUUUGUAAGCUUGCAACCCUAGUAAGACACAGAAUCUCAUUCCUUGGAAGCGAAACCUCAUCAGUUGCAAGCUGCCUCCAUGUUUUGGCUCAGGCUCUGGAUGCCAGGACAUUGAUGAAGUUAGCCCCAGAGUCUAUCCAAGCAUCUCUGCACUCAUUCUUUGAGGCAGCUGCAGCUGAUCUUGAGAUGACCGUGGAAAACCUUUCUGUGAACUUGGUCUCUUUGCCUCAGAGUAGGAGUCAACAAGCUAGAGGAGUGGCCAAGGUUCUCAGCUAUACAACCUCCGUUCUUCUCCCCACUCUCACCUCUCUCUUCCAGCAUCUUGGCAACCAGAACUAUGGAGUGGACCUCCUGGUGGGCGGUAUCCAGGUGUCCUGUUACAGGAUCCUCAACAGCCUCUACUCUCUUGGCAACAGUAGCAGCAUCUACAUGGAGGGGCAAAGGCCAGCAGCAGGCGCUUGUCUGGCAGCCCUGACUGGAGCUUUCCCUGUAUGUUUCCUGGAGCCAGCCCUCAACCAAAACAACCCUCACUCCAUUUUCAACACCCAGAGUGCUACUGAGAAAGAAGACCUGGGGCUGCCAGAUCAGGUGGAGGACAUAUGUCCCCUCCUGCCUUCUCUGGAACAGGCUCUGGGGGAAGUGGAGGAGUUGGCAGGCGCUGGUGCUGGAGCUCGUCAGGCCCACUACAUCCAUGUCACCGAGGUCACCUUGCCCAUGCUGUGCAGCUACAUGUCCCGUUGGUGGUACUGGGGCCCUGAGGGCCAGUCAGCUAGCCUGAUCUGCACCUCUGUCAUUCCUCAGCAUGCUAGUGACCUACUUGGCCACAUCCUCCGUAUCAUCCACAACCAUGUGGGCGCCAGCCAGGGUGACUGGAUGAAACAGCUGGCAGUUUUUUCUCAGCCAAUUAUAUUUAAAGCCCACUCUGAGCUGCUAAAGAGCCACUUCCUGCCAUUGAUGGAGAAGUUAAAGAAGAGGGCAGAAUGUGUGCUGCUGGAGGAGGAGCAGAUGAAAGCAGAGGGCUGUUGUACCUCUGAAGCAGAGUUGCAGAUUCAGGAGAAGUUCACUGUGCUGGUGCGAGACCUCUAUGCCUUCUAUCCCCUCCUCAUCCCGUUUGUGGAUUCUAAUCGAGCCAGCUGGUUGAAAGAGUCCAACCCUGAGGCUGAGCAGCUGUUCAGCAUGGUGGCAGAGGUCUUUAUAUUCUGGGCCAAAUCUCAUAAUUUCAAAUGGGAGGAACAGAACUACGUGGUCCAAAAUGAAAUUAACAACUUGGCUUUCUUGGUCAACACUGACAAAAUGUCUAAGGUAAACCUUAUUCUUUUAUCUUCAUGGCUUUUAAAUACUCAGUUCAACCAUGAGAAGAGGAAGAUGAAGAGGAAGGGCGAUCGGUAUUCCAUGCACACCUCUCUCAUUGUGGCUUCCAUGAAGAGACUGCUCCCUGUGGGACUGAGGGUUUGUUUUCCAAAUGACCAUAGCCUUAUCACGUUGGCUAAGACCAGCUUCACUCAGAAGAACACGGAAGAUGAGAUUCGAGAGCAUGUUUUCCAUGGCGUUAUGCAUCUUCAGGGUCAGGCGUCAAGUUGCUGGAAGCAGGAGACCCGUUAUGCUGAACACAUGAGCGAGCUAGGGGCCAUCACGGAUGCCCCAAGGACUGUAGACAGGAUUGUGGGAAUAGCUCAAGUCCUUUAUUAUCUAGACCAGGUGGAACACCCGCAGAGAAGUAGAAAACCAGCGUGGCACAAGGUGUUAUCUAAACAGAGGAAACGAGCAGUGGUGGCCUGCCUAAGGAUGGCUCCCCUCUACAACCUCCCCAGGCAUAGAGCUGUCAACCUGUUCCUCCAAGGUUAUAAUAAAUCUUGGAUAUCAGCUGAGGACCACAGCUUUGAGGAGAAGCUCAUGGAGGAUUUAGCUCUGUGUGGAGGCGACAGAGGAGAGGAAAAGGAUGUGGGAGAAGGUGCCAAACCAAUCGAUCCCCUCCUGCAACUCAUUACACUCUUCAGUCGAAGCGCUCUGACAGAAAGGAGUAAGCUUGGAAAUGACAGUCUCUAUAUGUCCUACGCUGCUAUUAUGGCCAAGAGUUGCCACAGAGAGGAUGAUGACGAUGAAGAAGAGGAGGUGGAAAGCUUUGAGGAGAAGGAGAUGGAGAAACAGAAGUUGCUGUACCAGCAGGCCAGGCUGCAUCUUCGUGGAGCUUCUGAGAUGGUCCUGCAAACGAUCAGUGCCAGCAAAGGGGCCAUGGGCUCCAUGAUUGCCCCUACACUGAAGCUGGGCAUUGCUGUUCUCAACGGAGGGAAUGCUACUGUUCAACAGAAAAUGCUGGAUUAUCUGAGAGAGAAGCGAGAUGUUGGCUUCUUUCAGAGCAUGGCUGGACUCAUGCGGUCAUGUAGUGUUCUGGAUCUGAAUGCAUUUGAGAGGCAGAACAAAGCAGAGGGAUUAGGCAUGGCCAUGGACGAGAGCUCAGGAGAGAAGGUAAUGCCUAACAAAGACCUCACCUGUGACCUAUUCCGGUUUCUACAGCUGCUCUGUGAAGGACACAACUCAGAUUUCCAGAAUUACUUGAGGACACAAUCAGGCAACAACACAACUGUCAACAUCAUUAUAUCCACUGUGGACUAUUUACUAAGAGUACAGGAAUCGAUCAGUGACUUUUACUGGUACUACUCAGGGAAAGAUGUGAUUGAUAUACAUGGCCAACACAACUUCUCCAAGGCCAUCGAAGUGGCCAAACAGGUCUUCAACACACUCACUGAGUACAUACAGGGGCCAUGUACUGGGAACCAACAGAGUCUAGCUCACAGUCGUCUAUGGGACGCUGUAGUGGGAUUCCUCCAUGUUUUUGCCCACAUGCAGAUGAAACUUUCUCAGGAUUCAAGGCAAAUUGAGCUUCUGAAAAAGCUGAUGGAUUUACAAAAGGACAUGGUUGUGUUUUUGCUCUCCAUGUUAGAAGGUAAUGUUGUCAAUGGAACUAUUGGAAAGCAGAUGGUGGACAUGUUGGUGGAAUCAUCAGGAAAUGUGGAGAUGAUCCUCAGGUUUUUUGACACGUUCCUCAAACUUAAAGCCCUCACCUCCUCAGAUGCAUUCAGAGAGUAUGACCCUGAUCGUAAGGGCUGCAUAUCCCGGAAGGACUUUCAGAAAGCCACAGAAAAUUGCAAGCGUUUCUCCCGAGCCGAAACUAAUUUCCUCCUCUCCUGCACAGAGACUGACAAAAGUGAAAUAGUAGAUUACGAGGCCUUUGUAGAUCGCUUCCAUGAGCCGGCCAAAGACAUCGGCUUCAGCAUUGCAGUUCUCCUCACCAAUUUGUCUGAACACAUGCCCAACGAUUCAAGACUAAGGACAUUCUUGGAACCAGCAGAGUGUGUCUUGACUUACUUCCGGCCUUAUCUAGGACGCAUUGAGAUCCUUGGCAGUGGGAAACGGAUUGAGCGUGUCUACUUUGAGAUCAGUGAAUCUAGCCGCACACAGUGGGAGAAGCCACAGGUCAAAGAGUCCAAGAGGCAGUUCAUUUUUGAUGUUGUCAAUGAAGGUGGGGAGAAGGAGAAAAUGGAGAUGUUUGUCAAUUUCUGUGAGGACACCAUCUUUGAGAUGCAGCUUGCAGCCCAGAUAUCUGACUCUGACACUGGAGAGAGGUAUGCUGCAAAAGAAGAGGACGAAAAGAGCAGGAGUGAAGAGGAAGGCCUGGACAAAAAAGGAACGUUUUUCAUGUAUCAUUGGUGGCUCCUGCUAACAUCUUUACUGUCAGUGAAAAACCUGAAGACAUUAAUGAAGAUGACUCUGAAGGAUAUCCUCAUGUCAGCUGUUUUCUUCCUAAGAUUAAUUUUUAUGGCUCAGGUCCGGUGCAUUUGUGUUGUAAUUCGCAGUAUCAUAUAUGUACUGUACAUAGCCUUUGUCAGUGGUGGGCUCAUUGAGGGAGCCAAAAAGAUGAGGAUAUCAGAUUUGCUCGGCGGUAUCCUUGAACCAACUCUCGAUGAGGUCAUGGAGGUGCCAAGUGGUGUGGAUCGGCUGCGGAAGUACUCUGCCAGUUUCUCUUCCCAGAGAGAAUUGAGGGAGAUGGGGCAGGUGGCAGCUGUGACCUCCCCCAGGGAGGUGGAUGUAAUAUCAGACAUAUUCGGCCUCAAAGUGAAGAAAGAUGGAGGUCAAUACAGACUUAUGACACAAAACCUCACGGCCAGUCUGACUGACCUGUUCAGCACAACCUCCAGAACAACUGCCACCAGUGAUUUUGCUGAAAAGCAUCAGAGGACGCAGUUUAAGGCCCACAGUGCCACAGAGGAAAAAGCAGAAGAUGAGAAAAUGCCUGAAAUAGAGAAUGAAAAAGGGAAGGAAUCUGAGAAGAAAACUGGGAAUGAGAAAGUAGAGGCAGGAUGGAGAGCAAAGAGAUGCUCUAAUAAGUCGGAGGAACCAGAGAACCAACAUUCUGCCCUCUGCGAGACGAUAAGCACAUGUAACAAGAGCCUGCUGAACUACUUUGCAAGGACUUUUUACAAUAUGCGCUUGCUGGCUCUCUUUGUGGCCUUUGCAAUCAACUUCAUCCUCCUCUUCUAUAAGGUGAGAGUCUCCAGUGUAUUACAUGUUGCAUCAUUGCCUGCAUCACAAGAAGAGGACGGAGUGAUCACAUCUGUUUACAGCAAAGAAGUGGUCUCUGCUGCUGAAGACGACGACGAUGAGGGCAGAGUCUAUUUUGUGCUGGAGGAGAGCAGCGGAUAUAUGGAGCCCUCUCUCCGUUUCCUAGCCGUAGCACACACAAUCAUCUCCUUCUGUUGUAUCAUUGGUUAUUACUGCCUCAAGGUACCAUUGGUGAUCUUCAAACGUGAGAAGGAAGUGGCACGAAGGCUGGAGUUUGAUGGGCUCUACGUGACAGAGCAGCCCCCUGAGGAGGACAUCAAAGGGCAAUGGGACCGACUGGUCCUUAACACACCAUCAUUUCCAAGUAAUUACUGGGAUAAAUUUGUGAAAAGGAAGGUGAUGGAUAAGUAUGGUGAGUUUUAUGGCUGUGAGAAGAUCAGUGAACUCCUGGGUCUGGAUCAAGCUGCUUUAGACUUCAGCCCUGACAGGAAAGGAAGGAAGUGGCUCAAGAAAGACACAGCCUGGGGUGCUCUAUUCAACUCCAUUGACAUGAAGUACCAGGUCUGGAAACUAGGAGUUGUGUUCACUGACAAUUCCUUCUUGUACUUGGCCUGGUACAUGCUCAUGUCAGUCCUGGGUCAUUUUAACAACUUCUUCUUCGCUGCCCACCUUUUGGACAUUGCCAUGGGCUUUAAGACACUUCGUACCAUCCUUUCCUCUGUCACACACAAUGGGAAACAGUUGGUCCUGACUGUCGGCCUGUUGGCAGUUGUGGUGUAUCUCUACACUGUGGUGGCCUUCAACUUCUUCAGGAAGUUUUACAACAAAAGUGACGACAAGGACGCCCGAGACAUGAAGUGCAAUGACAUGCUUACUUGCUACAUGUUCCACAUGUAUGUGGGCGUGCGUGCAGGUGGGGGCAUUGGUGAUGAGAUUGAAGACCCUGCUGGAGAUGAGUUUGAAGUGGAGCGCAUCGUCUUUGACAUCACGUUUUUCUUCUUCGUCAUCAUCAUCCUCCUGGCCAUCAUUCAGGGCUUGAUCAUUGAUGCCUUUGGGGAGCUUCGUGACCAGCAGGAACAGGUGAAAGAGGAUAUGGAGACCAAAUGUUUUAUAUGUGGAAUAGGAAGUGAAUACUUUGAUACAGUCCCUCAUGGCUUUGAGACUCACACUCUACAGGAGCACAACUUGGCCAACUAUCUAUUUUUUCUGAUGUACCUUAUAAACAAGGAUGAAACUGAACACACAGGACAGGAAUCCUAUGUGUGGAAAAUGUACCAGGAGCGUUGCUGGGAAUUCUUUCCUGUGGGAGACUGUUUCCGUAAGCAAUAUGAGGAUCAACUGGGAUGAAAGGAAAUCUGAGAGAUCUAAAGCCUGCCUAGAUAAUGUCAUCACACAGAAGCCAUGUUAAUUGUUACCCUUGGGCUCACUAAAUUACCUUGAAUUUUGUGUUCUCACUGUAUUGAUUUGAUUUUGAACUUUGGAGUGGUUUUCCCUGAAAGUAAACUUACUUGAUAUUUAUGCACACAAGUUUUUUCUAAAUGGUAUUGAUUAAAUUAUUUGGAAACUAAAGAACAAGGACCGCUUGUUUAUGUUCAGAUGCAAAAUGAAUGUGCUGCUUUUCAGUCUACAACAAAAGUAUUCAGAGUAAUGUGACAGUUUACUAUUUUAUGCAUCAUUAUCUCAAGCAGUCAAAGCUGACAAUCCAAAUUCACUUUGCUGGCUGGAUGUGUCUCGGUAAAGCUUCUGUUUUGUGAAUGAAAUGAUUUGUCUUUCUAAUCCCAGCCUCCCAUCCCUUUCCCCUGUGUGACAUCCAGAUAAACACUCUCCCUCUGGCAUUUGUUCUUUUUACCCUCCUCUUCUCUGUCUGUUGAAGCUCUGUCUCCUUUUCUGUUGUGCUCAUCUCUCCAGGAUCCCUCUCCUCCCGCUGUCCUUGCCUCUUAUUCCCUUCUCCCCCCCCCUUCAUUCUGCUCUCCUCUUGUCCCUCAUCUUGAGCUCUUUUCCCUCUUCAUUAGUAGCCACUUUAGGACAUGCCAGCAGGUCUCCCAUUGCUCAGGUCAAAAUAUUGCCAAGGAAAUGGAUCACAGUCUGACGGCCAAGAAAGUCUCUAGGGAAUCCCUGGGUAUAACUUACUGACUAAAGGAGCGUGGCAAGCUUUGUUAAACUAUUAAGAACUUGCACUGAGCGUGCAUGUGUGCACAGAGCUUAACAGCAUGAUGACUGAAGCGUGGGAGGGCCACCUGCAGAUACCGUCCUCAUUAUGCAAAGGUCGAACACCGAGUCUACACAAGUCUGCUGCUGAUAUGUAUUCAUGUUGCUUUUGAGUUAUGACUUGUAAGCUCAUGGUCAUAAUUUACCGAAGGUCCAGGAAAAAAAAAGAGAUUGGGUAAAAGAUGAGGAACUCUUGCUUUCUUAUGAGAAAUGAAAAAGUUUUGGAUUAUGUUCUUUGCAUAAACAGAAAUAUUAAUAAGCAAUUUUGCUAUGUGGCUAAUGCUGUAAUUAA